AUGGGAGAAGUUGUGUCCCACAUUCAGGAGCCGCACGACAAAGUCUUCGUAAACACAAUAAUAGUGGAACACGAGGACCAUCUAGACUUUCAGUUUAAAGUUGAUGGAUGUAAUACUAGAAUAUCACGACAGAAAAAAAAUCUCACAAUUAGUGACCACAAGACGUCCCUUCGCGACCUCUGGCGGCGGGUCUUGGCCCACCUCUGGCGGCGGGUCGCGGCCCACCUCUGGCGGCGGGUCUCGGCCCACCUCUGGCGGCGGGUCUUGGCCCACCUCUGGCGGCGGGUCUCGGCCCACCUCUCUCGGCCCACCUCUGGCGGCGGGUCUCGGCCCACCUCUAGCGGUGGGUCUCGGCCCACCUCUGGCGGCGGGUCGCGGCCCACCUCUGGCGGCGGGUCGCGGCCCACCUCUGGCGGCGGGUCUCGGCCCACCUCUGGCGGCAGGUUGCGGCCCACCUCUGGCGGCGGGUCGCGGCCCACCUCUGGCGGCGGGUCGCGGCCCACCUCUGGCGGUGGGUCGCGGCCCACCUCUGGCGGCGGGUCACAAACCACCUCUGGCGGUGGGUCGCGGCCCACCUCUGGCGGCGGGUUGCGGACCACCUGUGGCGGCGGGUCGCAGACCACCUCUGGCGGCGGGUCGCAGCCCACCUCUGGCGGCGGGUCGCAGACCACCUCUGGCGGCGUGUCUCGGACCACCUCUGGUGGCGGGUCGCGGCCCACCUCUGGCGGCGGGUCGCGGCCCACCUCUGGCAACGGGUCGCAGACCACCUCUGGCGGCGGGUCGCAGACCACCUCUGGCGGCGUGUCACGGACCACCUGUGGUGGCGGGUCACAGCCCACCUCUGGCGGCGGGUCGUGGCCCACCUUUGGCGGCGGGUCGCGGCCCACCUCUGGCGGCAGGUCACACGGGUCGUCUCCGGGGGGAUGA